AUGGUACAAGUCCAACAAAGCCUAGGACCGCGGACGACAACAAUUUUGGGUGUAUUCGUGGGCUAUAUUGCGCUUUGCAGAGGCUUGCGGUACCUGCGACGAGAUCGGAAUCAUGCCCAGCUUCCUUAUAAGACCCGCGAGGACUUUAAGAAGAUGACAGCUGAAGAUGCCUGGGAGAUUGUGAGAUCUUUUCAAAGCCUUGAGUUCCCAUGGAUGACUGGGAAGGCCCUGGCUUUUGCUCUCUUCAAGACAUAUGGCAUACCUUCAAUCUCCAAGCUUCUCUGCGCCACCCAGCAGCUCGGCCAUGUCGAAUACGCCGGGCGACGAUUCGCCGAUACGAGCCUCCUAAUCAUCGAAUUUCUGGGCCACUCUCCAAGUUCAGAACGUGCCAAUUCAGCUAUUGCUCGUAUGAACUAUCUUCACAGCAGAUAUCAAAAGGCAGGCAAGAUUAGCAAUGAUGACCUGCUUUUCACUCUGUCACUUUUCGUCUUGGAAAUUGAGAGAUGGGUUCGGACCUACGAGUGGAGAUCACUGACGCCUAUGGAGAUCUGCGCCUUGGGCACACACUGGAAAGUCAUAGGCGAUGCUAUGGGUAUCAACUACUCUGAACUACGGCAUGGACCUAGCAACUUCAAAGACGGCCUUGAGUUCUUCGAAGAUAUCAAAGAAUGGGCUGAUGAGUACGAACGUCGCUUCAUGGUGCCCAACGCAUACAAUCAUCAGCUUGCCGAGGAGACUACUCGCAUCCUUCUUGCCAACAUCCCAGGUCCCUUCAAACCUUUCGGCAAAAACAUGGUCGCAGCGCUGAUGGAUGAGAGACUGAGACGUGCUAUGUUGUACGAUGACCCACCUACAAUCUAUUUUAAGACGAUCAAGUUCACCUUUGCUGUGAGGAAGCUUUUCCUUCAGUAUCUUAUCCUGCCACGGCCGUAUGCACUGCGAUACGAUCCGCUAUCAGAACAUCCAGAUCCGAAAACGGGUCGCUAUCAUACAAACGAGUACGAUAGUGAGCCCUGGUAUGUGAAGCCUACUUUUUUCACCCGCAACUCACCACUCUCCUGGUUCCGCUGGGCUUUGGGCGGUCCUUACCCCGAUGGGAAACAUUACAAGCCAGAAGGCUAUAAAAUCUUUGAGCUUGGGCCUAAGAAGCUGGAAACUCAGGGUGAGGAAGAGUGCAAAGCGACGCGAGAUCGACUCAUAGCAGGUAACAGAGGCGGAUGUCCAUUUGCCUUUUAA